AUGAAAGGCAGUAUUGCAUUACAAUUAGAGUAUUUACAUGUUGGCUGCACAAGCUAGCUGAUUGUGUUAACCCAUGUUUCCAAGAAGAUGCCCUUUUCGUUUUGUAAAGCACAAAACUUUACGCGCUAACUGUAGCUUUGCGGGAAGGCUUUAGGUAGGAGCUCGGGACAGAGUGAAAAUAACAAGGAAAAACAGGCAAAAUGGAGAGCCCUGAAGGAGCAGCAGCAUUAAGAGACUGUGUGCUUGACUUUUCGCGUUUGAGUUUGACUACUUUUAACGCUGGUAAUGUAAGCGAGGACAGAAAGAGAGACACCAGACAACUUUUCCUCAACUACAACCGGCUAUCCUCGCUGCCUUCGUCCAUUAGCCUGUUCUACAAUCUGGAGUUCUUGGACAUUAGCAACAACGCGCUGACAGCAAUCUGUGAAGGCAUCACCAGGCUAACCAAGCUUAAAACUCUUCUAGCCAAGAACAACCGCCUGGAUGAGUCCUCGCUACCAAAGGAGUUCGGGUCCCUGCAGCUGGAAGUGUUGAACUUUAGCGGGAACCGCUUCGAGGAGAUCCCGCUCCAGUGUACCAAACUGUUGCGGCUGCAGUCGCUUUCAAUCGGUGGAAACAGGCUGAAGAAUAUCCCAGCUGAAAUAGAACAUCUGACCAGUUUGGAGAUGUUGUAUUUGGGUGGAAACCUCAUCUCAGACAUUCCUCCUGAACUGGCACACCUGCCCUACCUCACCUACCUGGUUCUAUGUGACAACCGCAUCCAAAGUGUGCCUCCUCAGCUCGCCAGGCUCCACUCUCUGCGAUCUUUAAGUCUCCACAACAACCUGCUCACCUAUCUGCCAAGGGAGAUCCUCAGCCUGGUGGACCUGGAGGAGCUCAGUCUUAGAGGCAACCCACUGGUUGUGCGCUUCGUCAAAGAGAUGAUUUAUGACCCUCCUUCGCUGCUGGAACUGGCAGGACGUACCGUUAAAAGCAGAAAUAUCCCUUAUUCCCCAUGCGACAUGCCUUCAAAUCUUGUGCGCUAUUUGGACCUUGCCAGCAAGUGCCCCAAUCCCAAAUGUGCAGGUGUUUACUUUGAUUCAUGCGUGCGCCAGAUAAAGUUUGUCGAUUUCUGUGGGAAGUACCGACUGCCGCUCAUGCACUACCUGUGCUCUCCUGAGUGUACGUCCCCCUGCAACUCCAACCCUCAGAGCGACGCAGAGUCUGAGGAAGAGAACAGCGUGCCUGCAGACCGCCUCCAGAGGGUCCUGCUCGGAUAAACCCACAGAUUCCUAAAGGAAAAGUGGAGCUUGCCUCAGACUUUACUGCAUACAGCCAGAAAGUCGCUUCAAAUGUACAGUAAAAGUUUUAUAUUCAGCUACUUGUACGCACAGAACAUGAAAGUUCUCUCUGAUUCUAAGAAUGUAGAGAUUUGGAUUUGUGUUUCGUUGUUUUAUUUGAAAAACUGUUUUUUUUUUUUUCAUCAAGAAGGUUUUAGGGACCGAGUCCCAACCUCAUGAACCUGCUUUUUUCUUUUUCUUUUUAACACAGAAGGGUGUUAAAUGUUUCUUUGGACUCACAGGACUGAAGUUGUUGCUACACUAAAUCCCUUUAACUAAAUAUGUCACAAUAAUUAUCAUUCACAGCUACAUUUUCUAUUAGUUGUUGCUGCAUCUGGGGUAUUUUUUUUUGUGACUAAAAUGUUCUGUCAGAAAGUAUUUUUGAAUUCCCAAUGGUUGGAGAUGAUGGUACCACACCUCAUGGUGUCCCACCUGUUAUUAAGCCUAGUAUUGAUGUUUGUCUGCUAUGUGAUCAUUUAAUCCACCAUAUUUUGGAAGCAAUGGGGACACCAGGGUUUAGUUGUAUUAUAUUAACACAGUAGUGUGCUUGUACAGGCUUACUCACAGGAAAUGGAUGUGGGGCGGGCCAGGGAAAACUAUGUGAGCAUGGAAACAAUAGCUAUUGAGGAGUUUCAGCCUUCAUGUGUGAUCAGGGCUGUUGGCUUUCUCUUGUUGGAUACAUUCAGACAAACCGUAAUUGUUUUUCUUGUUUGUUUUCCUUUUAGACUUUGAUGUCAAAUUAUGGUCUUCUGUUUACAAAUUUUUUAUUUUUUUUCAUCUUCGGAGGAGAAAUGUCACCCUUCAUACUUUUUUAUUCUUUCUUUCUUAGAGCAGAAGAACUCUGUUACAAACGCACCAACCUUUAAGCAAUGAGCCUUAAUCCUGAUUCAAGCUCUAAAAACUGUGAGAUAUACAUAAGCACCCCAUGAUGUGAUUGUCCUAGUAU